AUCGAUGCGGUGUCAUGGCAACACCCCUGAUCAUCGGAGGCCGGAAAUCCCGAGCCGGACAGUGGCCAUGGCAAGUGUCGCUGCAGAUCGCCACGUCAACAACUCCCUGGCACCGCUGUGGGGGCGUGCUUGUCCAUGCCAGAUGGGUGCUGACUGCUGCACACUGUGUGGAGGGACCGUUCUACGGCGAUACCGUCAACUGGCGAGUGGUGAUGGCGGAUUAUGACUUGGAAUCUGUGUCCGGAAAUGAGAUUUACAGAAGUAUCAGAAGAAUAAUCAGCCAUCCAGAAUAUUUUCGGAGUAGCAACUUCCCCAACGAUGUUGCCUUGUUAGAACUGGACUCGCCGGUAGACUUGACCUCUGGGGACGUACAGACGGCUUGUCUUCCGGACUCGGACUUUCCACUCACCCCCGGAACAAACUGUUGGAUAAGCGGAUGGGGGGAAACCCGAGGUUCCGGUGGAAAAGAGAACGUGAUGAACGAGGUUCCAGUAGACGUAAUGUCACAUGAUCAGUGCAAGCCAAUGUGGGGACGUGUUGAUAUCGAUGUUUUAGACAGUCAAGUGUGCCUGGGGUAUGGAGACACAGGAGCUUGUUACGGAGAUUCCGGCGGACCCCUGAUGUGUGAGAGAGAAGGCAGAUUCUACGUAGCUGGCGUCAUGUCCUGGCUCAUCAACAACUGCUCGGCCAACAACUUCCCGAAUGUGUUCACCAGACUGCCCAACUACAUGGACUGGUUGUACAAGGAACUCGACUACUUUGAGUGGUUUCGGCAUUUGUAA